GAAAGCGGACGUAGUAGUGGUAGCCCGGUCGACUCUCCUGCUAUAUUCUUAUUUUUCUUCUUCUCGUUUCGUUUUCUUCUUCUGGGCUCGGGGUGUAGCCAUGUCGUACGGUCCGUUAGAGACUUACCGCCCCGGGGGGCUUCCAGCCCGGGACUUCAGCGCCAUUAUCCAGACCUGCAGCACGAAUGUACAGCGCCUGGCACAAUGCACUUCUCAGAUAAAGAACUUAAUGAGUCAGCUGGGAACCAAACAGGACUCCAGCAAAUUGCAAGAAAACCUACAACAGUUGCAGCACACAGCAAACCAGCUUGCCAAAGAGACCAAUGAAUUCUUGAAGGAGCUGGGCUCCCUGCCACUCCCCUUAUCUACAUCGGAACAGCGCCAGCAGAAACUUCAGAAGGAGCGUUUAAUGAAUGACUUUUCUGCGGCCUUAAAUAACUUCCAAGCAGUACAGAGAAGAGUAUCGGAGAAAGAGAAGGAGACUGUUGCCCGGGCAAGAGCUGGUUCCCGUCUCUCUGGAGAUGAGAGGCGCAGGGAAGAGCAGUUGGUCUCAUUUGACAGCAAUGAAGAUUGGAAUCAGAUGCAGUCUCAAGAGGAAGACGUAGCAAUAACAGAACAAGACCUUGAACUAAUUAAGGAGAGAGAAACUGCCAUUAGGCAAUUAGAGGCAGAUAUCCUGGAUGUGAACCAGAUAUUUAAAGAUUUGGCUAUGAUGAUUCAUGAUCAGGGGGACAUGAUUGAUAGCAUAGAAGCAAAUGUAGAAAAUGCAGAGGUCCACGUGGAAAAUGCCAACGAACAGUUACAGAGAGCUGCUUAUCAUCAGAAGAAAUCACGCAAGAAGAUCUGCAUCCUGAUCCUUGGCCUGGCUGUGGCUUCUCUAAUCUUGGGACUUAUUAUGUGGCAGGCAUUAAAAUGAAAUAUUUACGUGGAAUUGCAUUAAUCGCAGAGUUGUUGUUCCCCACCCCACCCCCUCCCCCAGGGGAAAAUGGGUAGACAAGCUUGUGGAAUGAAUUCAUUGAGAUGAGAUGGAACACAAACUGGUUUUCCUCUAGUAAUUAUAAUAUAUAGAAACUAACAUGAAGAUGACUAGUUCUUGGACCUAGUGAACCAUGAAAACAGUAUUUAUCAGUUUAUGUAAAAUUAUUUUAUGUAAUUAAACUUUGUGGGGUUUUUUUGUUUUCUCUAUUAUACUAUUAUACGAAUGUAAAGUGUUGAAGAGUGUGAUUGGUAAUCUAGAUUAUCUUGUUAAUUGACACAUGCACUACAGAUUUAACUCUUUUUUGAAUAUGUACUGCUUUUAUAAGUGACUUGCAUAGGGAUAACUUCUCAAGAAGGGCAGCACCUCACUAACCGAGUAAUUCUCGGUGUCUAACAAGGCUCUUGGUAUGCUCCAGACAGCUGCUUCUGGUAUGUGCUCUUGUGCAUGGGGCUGCUGCUCUUCUUUCAAGCAGCAGCUCCUGUGAAACAUGACAUACUGCUUCUGAAACAUCCAGAAACACUUUUAGUCCACAUAGUGAGCAGAGAUUCUAACCUCCCAUGGCACAUUGCAGCCUUUUGCUUUGAACUCGUCAAAAGAGAACUGAAAUACUUCCGUGUUUUUUUUUCAAUAGUGAAAAAUGUUGAGGCCAUCUGGGUUUGGAACCAAGAAUGUGCUUAGUAAUAACUAAUCUAGUUUAGAAAUAUUUAUAACUAGUGUCUGGUAACAUGGCUUCUCCCUGUUCCAUUUUUGUGGUUGACAGUGAAUCAUUCAGCAAAUGUUUUGUUGCCUAAUGACACUGUUGUGUUCGCCAGUGGGCCACUCUGCUCUCUCUUAACUUUGUACUUCUAGCACAUGCAUUAAAUAGUACUGCACAUAAAAGACAUAGCACAGAGCUUGAAAUGGGUAAAAACAGAAGUUACAAAGAACAGGGUCAUUCAUUUUGUGAAUAAUUACGGAAAAUAUCUGUGUCUGUCCAACAGAAAACUUCUAACCUUUGUAGUAUACUUGGCUGAGAAUGUUACUUGUCUCUUUAGGCUGUAAGAGGAUGGCCCAUUUCAAAUGUAAUGGGAAACCAUGGUUUCCCAUAACAUGAAUAUCUAUGACACAACUUGGACUGACAACUCUCCUGUCCUUUCCUCUUCUUUUUCAUGUGAUAAUAAUUUUAAAAAAUUAAACUAAUUGCAGUUUCCCAUUGCAUUAAAAUUUGGGGAAUUGGUUUGAUCUUGGCCUGUUUGUACCUAACUGGGACUUAAACAAAUGAAGGUUUCCCGUAUUCUAACAUAAUGGAAACUGCUUCUGUUCUAAAAAGCAAAAGGAAACUUAAAAUGUCCUGUGUGCAUGAAGGAGGGGGGAAGCGUGUAAGCCCAAGGUUCAUUACAGCGCUUUCUCAAAUGAGAAAUCAUGUCUGAUCUGGACCUUUUGUGUGCUCUGAAUUGAUGUAUUAUUACAGCAGUCUUCUUCAGCCUGGUGCUGUUCAGAUGCUUUCAGCCCCAGCCAGGAUAGCUAAUGAUCAAGAAUCCUGGGAGUCCAAAAUACCUGGAGAGCACCAAGUUGGGGAAAGCUGUAUUAGAGAAACGUUCGUAGAACUUUUGGGUCAAGCCCACUCCUAAAAACGACACAAAAGCACUGAAAAGUUGACGGAGUAGAACUGCAAGAUUCUGUAUACAAGAAAUUGCUACAUCUUUCUACUGACACUUAAUUAUUUGUGUUUUUCACAUUUUACUUAUUUAAAUUACUAAACUGUGAAACCUAAGAGUGGGAGAAGAAUGAUGCCCUCAGUUGCACAUAUUUCUUUGCACUAUUAUUCCAUCAUUCCAUCCAUUUAACUAUCAAUAAACCUUUUUAAAUGUA